AUGUACGGCACUCCGGGCUCUACUGGCAACAAUAAUGCACGCUACACAGACCUGCUGCUGGCAAAGGCGGUGUUCGGCGCCGGUGAAACGGGCAGCGUGCAGCCAAAGAAAAUUAACUGGACUAGCACCUACGCACUGUGGCCCUAUUUCCCCAACCAGAUUUACUACAGGGGCAUAACAGAGUUGGUGGGUGGGGGAGGCACUGGUGUUAUUUUGAACGACGGAACGCUUAUCUUUCCCGUCGAGGCCAGAAAGGCAGGAGGGACGGUGGUCUCUCUCGUCCUGCAGUCAAAAAAACCUGAGAGGGAAUGGGAGCUUUCGUGGGGCACGACUGUGAGCGGCUGCUCCAACCCCGCCAUUGUGGAGUGGGACAGGUGUUAUGGGGAGCUCUACAUGAUCACCUCUUGUGAUGAGGGCUUCUACAGGGUGGUGAGGUCCCGUUACUGGGGAGAAGAGUGGAUGGAGGAAGACGCGAUACUUUCUCGCCUGUGGGGCACCUCACACAAUCGACAAGAGAAUGGCGUUCGAAGCGGCUUUACCACUGCCACCAUUUGGGGUAAGAAGCUGAUGCUCUUCACCGAUGCCGGUGUAUUCGGAGGACUCAGGCAACAAAAA